UCAGAAGCUAAUCCGCGUCCGGAAAGUUCAGUUCUCUAGGAACAAAGCGGUCGAACUCAACCAAUCGCAGAGACACACGUGUCCAAUCGGCUGCACGCUUUGAAAGAGGAGUCGUCCCGGGUAGAAGAAGCAGAGUAUCUUGCAAUCCUUGCGCAUAUACAACAGUAAUUCCGUGUGGACCUAAUCGGAUAACAGUGAUGCACAAUUCUUCCUCGGGGCCCACUUCAAAGCCGAGGGUUGGGUCAUCUCAACCAUCUGAGGCUUCUUCUUUCAAACGCAAACGAGGAGUCUUCCAGAAAGAUUUGCAGCACAUGAUGUAUGGAUUUGGAGAUGAUCCCAAUCCUCUGCCAGAAACUGCUGCACUUGUUGAGGACAUUGUUGUCGAGUAUAUUACAGAUUUGGUGCAUAAAGCCCAAGACAUUGCAACGAAAAGGGGGAAGCUUCUGACAGAGGAUUUCCUAUUUCUAAUUCGUAAGGAUUUGGUUGUUGAAAGAAUGGAAAAGAAGCUACUGGUGUGGAGAGAAAUACCUCUCCUUUGGUGGUAGGACUGCCUCUUUAAUCCACUAUGGCUAACCUCCCAGACAUGCCGAAGCUCAACCGAUGUACGGAACUGCUGUCCAUGAAUGAAGAGCUUAAACAAGCAAGGAAGGCUUUUGAAGUAGAUGAGGAGAAGCUAGCAUCCACUGAUUGAAAUGGGAGAAUCUAUGCUUCCCUUGGGUACCAUAGGUAUUAACAUGUCUGCUAACGGCAUGGCUUUUCUCAGUGAAGACGACCCAUCAUUUGCCUGGUUCAAAGAAAAUAACGAUGGGAAGAAAAGGUAGCAUCCUCUUAUCAAGUAGAUUCUUGUUACAGUGCUGGGAAGAGAAGUACAACACACAAUGAGAAUCUUUUUAAUUAUGGCUGCCGAUCUUGUGUCUUGUUGUUUGAUAGGACAGGAAUCCUAUUACUUAUGUUUCCAGUUCAAAGGUAUUUUACUGUUUUGAAUAACUGAUGUUUACAGAUAUCGUUGGACAGAUCCUACAACCACGAUGUUGAAUUUUACAAACAGACAACAGGUGAAGCUUAACCAUGGCAAUUGCCACCUGAGGUUUUAAAUUAGAUAAAAUGUACAACUAUUGGCUAGUGAAACGCCAUUUUUUGUUCA